AUGGCGUCCGCGGAGGAACUAAAGGCGGAAAACACCCGCCUUCAAGCGGAGAUGCAGUCCAUGAAAAAGAAGAUUGUUUUAGCUCUCAAAAAGCAGCAGGCGGAGCUUCAAUCUAAAGUCCAAGAGGCCGAACGAGUCCGGGACGAGGCUUUAAAGCGAGCCGAAGCCGCGGAAUCAGGAGCUUCAAACGGAGAUGCAUCUAAAGGAGCGGAUCCGGCGGCGCUGCAGCAGCUGCAGGACCAACUGAAUGCGUCUCAGCAGGAACUGAAAAUGCUAAGAGAAGAGUACGUGGUUGCGAGCGAGAAGGUCAAGGCUGCUGAAGACCAGACCAGAUCAGCGGAGGAGGAGAGAAAGAAAGCCAUGGACGGCGCGAAUGCGGCUCAGAAGAGCCUUCGCGCGUCGAAAGAGGAGGUCCAGAUGGUCCGCGAGCAAUGGACGGCGGCGCAAGGCGCGCUGAUGACCACUCAGGAGGAGCUUACGAGUCUGCAGGAGCAGCUGCGGAAAGCGCAGGGGGAGGCGCGGGAGGCGCAGGAAGGGCGCGCGGCGGCGCAGCACGCGCUGCAGGCGCUGGGGGAGCGGGUGAAGGCGGCGGAGGCGGAGAAGCGGAGUGAUCAGGCGGAGCAGCGGCGCGCGCAGGAGGUGGUGGCGCGCGCGGAGCAGCAGCUGAAAGCCGCGCAGGCGGAGCGCGAGAAGGCGAUGGAGGCUUUGAGUGCUGCGCGGAGAGAGCUGGAGGGGUCUCGGGCAGACGGGGAAAAGAUGGCCGGGCAGCUGAAAGCAAUUCAUGUGGAAUUGGAAGCUUCGAAGGAAGAUGGGAGCAAGUUGCAGGCGCUGGUUGCGGACUUGCAGAGGAAGCUUCCUGUAGUGGAGCAGGAAAAGGAAGGGCUGAGGGGGGAUAAGGAGAAGUUGGAAUCGGAGAUUAAGGCGCUAAGUGAUGAGCUCGAGGGUCUGCGACACGGCAAGGAAGCUUCGCUGGAAGAUCUGCGCGCGCAAGUCGAAAGUUCCAGGAAGGAGCUGGGGGAAGUCAAAUCGGAGCUAGAAAAGGCGAGGGAGGAGGCUGGAAAGGCCCAGUGUGAGGCGACGAACAAGGGCGCGCAGGUGGAGGAGUUGCUUCAGGCGCAGACGGUGCUUCAGGGGGAGGUUGAGAAGGCCAAGGCAGCGGAAGCAGAGGCGCAGGAAGAACUGGGGAAGGUGCGAUGCGAGGCGACGAACAAGGGCGCGCAGUUGGAGGAGCUGCUUCAGGCGCAGACGGCGCUUCAGGGGGAGAUUGAGAAGGCCAAGGCAGCGGCAGCAGAGGCGCAGGAAGAACUGGGGAAGGUGCGAUGCGAGGCGACGAACAAGGGCGCGCAGGCAGAGGAGCUGCUUCAGGCGCAGGCGGCGCUGACAGGGCAGGUGGAAGAGGCGAAGGCCGCAGCAGCUAAAGCAGCUGCGGCGGCAGCAGAUGCAGAGGCGGCUCUUCAAGCGCAGCUGGCAGAAGCGAAGAAAGAAGUUGCCAGCCUUACCUCACAGCUGAAGGGCAUGCGAGGGGCCAUGGAUCACGUGCAGAAGGCUGCUUCGGAGACAGAGGAGAGCAUCCAGAAAGAGCUGGCAGAUCUCGCCGCCAAGUCAGAUUCCCUCAAAGACCAGCUGGCAGCCGCGCAGGCUGAGCUGGCAUCGGCCAAAUCCUCGCUGGAGAAGGAGAUUCAUUCGAGAGAGGCAGCGCAGAGAGAAGCAGAGGAGGCUCGAGCGGCGUUGGACUCUUUCCAGGAAAGUGCCGGGAAGGAGCAGCAGCAGGCUGGGGAGCUGUGGCAGCAGCUUCUAGACACGCGGAAGCAGGUUGCAGCAGAGACGGAUAGGGCUGAUGGGAGCGAGAAAGAGGCGGAGGGAUUGAGGAAGAGGGUUGAGGGGUUGGAAAAGGUGGUUGAGGAGAAGGAGAAGGAAGGAGAGGCUGUGAGGGGGGAGCUGGAGGGAGUGAGGGGUAGGUUAGGGGAGGUGGAGGGGAGGGUGAAGGAGUUGGGGGAGGAAGUUGCUGUGAAGGAGGAGGAGGUGGGUGGGCUGAGGAGAGAGUUGGAGGUUGCAUUGAAAGCAGCUGAGGAGGCGAAGGAGGAGGGUGAGAAGGUAAGGAAAGUGGCUGAGGAGCUAAAGAAGGAGAUGGAUGCGUUAGUAGGGGCGAAGGAGGCGGAGAUUAAAGCCAAGGAGAAGGAGAUUCAGGGGCUAAAGGAGAAGCUGGAGCAAGCGGUAGCAGAGAAGGGAUCAGGCGAGGCGGAGGCUGCUAAGAUGGGCGAAGACAGGAAGGCGUUAGAGGGCCGGGUGGCGGAGCUUCAAGGGGAGCUGGAGAAGGCGAAAGCGGAGGUGGAGAGCGGUAAAGAGGAGUUGGAGAGGGUUAAAGGGGAAGCAGAGAAAGCACAAGGGGAGGCAGAGAGUGUUAAAGGGGAACUCGAGAGGGUGAAAGAGGAGGCAGAGAGAGCGAAAGGGGAGGUGGAAAAGGGUGUGGUUGAAGUGGAGGAGGCGAGAGGCGCGCUUAAGGCAGCAGAGGAGAGGGUGAAAGAAUUGGAGGUGAAGGAGGGAGAGUGGGAGGGGCGAGAGGCUGAGUUGAGGAAGAAACUGGAAACAGCAGAGGCGGAGUUAGCUGCUGCUAAGGCUGAAGCCGCAGCAGCAGGGGCAGAGGCGGCAGGGGCAGCGGCAGCAGGGGCUGUGGCAGGAGAGGCGCGAGUGGGAGAGCUGGAAGAGGCGUUGAAAGCGGUGAAGAGGGAGAAGGAGCGGUUGGAGGAGGAGUUGGAGGAGGCGUUGGGGAAGGUGAGGGAAGCAGAGAGGAAGAGCGAGCAGGUACAGGCAGAGAUCAAAGCAGAGCUGCAGGGGAUGAGGGAGAAGAGCGAAAAGGAGUGCGCAGAGAGGGCGGAUGGAGAGAAGAGAGUGACUGAGCUCACUGCUGAGUUGGAAGGGGUGAAAGCAAGGGUAGAAGCAGCAGAGCUAGAGGCAGGGAGGAUGAGGGAGGAGGCGGAGAGGGGGAGGGAACAGCUGGCAAUGUCGGGCGGUGCGCAGGCUGAGGAGCUGGCGAAGGUGAAUGCUGAGCUGGCGACGGCAAACGCUGAGCUGGCGCGGGUGUCGGGUGAGCUGGCGCAGGCUGCAGCUGCCCGUGUGGCGGCGGAGGAGGCGGCUGCCAGAGUGGCGGGCGCUGCAGGGGAGGCGAUGGGGAAGGCUGAGUCAGCAGAGAGUGAGCUGGCGACAGUGCGCAGCAAGCUGGAGGCAGAGGUGAAGGCAGCGGAGGACAAGUAUGCGGAGCUGGACAGCAAGUUCAACCGCCUGCAGAAGCGCGCCAAGCAGAGAAUCCAGGAAGUGACCAAGGAGAAGGAGGAGGCAGAGAGGAAGCUGGCAGAGGAGAGGAAGCAGCAGGCAGCUCUGCAGGAGGAUCUGGAGAGAGCCAAGGGGGUGGCUGCAGAGGGGCCGUCCCAUCCCCUUGCCCCAUACCCCGUUCCCUGCUGUUCUCCCCUCACCUUGCAGGAGAAGGAGGAGGCAGAGAGGAAGCUGGGUGAGGAGAGGAAGCAGCAGGCGGCGCUGCAGGAGGGCCUGAAGAGAGCCAAGGAGAUGGCUGCAGAGGGCCCCUCUCAUCACCUUGACCCCAACCCGUUCCCUGUUUUCCACCCAAUCCCCUGUCUGCCACACCUUGCAGGAGAAAGAGGAGGCAGAGAGAAAGCUGGCAGAGGAGAGGAAGCAACAGGCGGCUCUGCAGGAGGAUUUGGAGAGAGCCAAGGGGGUGGCUGCAGAGGUACCUCUGAAUUCUCCCAUCCCCUUUCCCUUCCUCUGAUAAAUUCCCACCCCCUCUACUCACCCCAUUCUCCCAACUCCCCGCAGGAGAAGGAGGAGGCAGAGCGGAAGCUGGGUGAGGAGAGGAAGCAGCAAGCGGCGUUGCAGGAGGAUCUGGAGAGAGCCAAGGGGGUGGCUGCAGAGGCGCAGCGGACGGCCGAGAAGGACAAGGAUCAGCUGCGGAAGACCAACGCGUCGCUUAAAGAAGAAGUGGACGAGCUGAGGCGGGCCUUGGAACUGAAGGAGCACAAUCUGAAGGAGUCGCGCAGGCUGGCAGCAGGCAAGGAGCAGGCGUGGCUGGAGCUGUCGAGCUCAGCACAGGAGGAGCGGGAGCGCAUGGCAGGGGCAGUGAAGGAGGUGGAGGAGCGAAUGGAGCGGAUGGGGAAGGAGCAGGAGGCGCGCGCGGCUGAGCUGCAGAGGGAGCUGAAUAAAGCACUGGAGAGCAGCAGUGCGCUGCAGGUAAGGGCAGUGGCGUUCCUGGUUAGGGCGUUGAUGGGGAAGGAGAAGGAGGCACGGGCGGCGGAGAUGCAGAGGGAGCUGAAUAAAGCACUGGAGAGCAGCAGUGCGCUGCAGGUCCAGCUGUCGCAGAAGGAGCGCCAGCUGGCAGAGGUGGAGGCCGCCACGUCAGGCGAGCUGGCGCGGCUGUCGGCCACUCUGGAGGCGACACGUGGCGAGCUGCACCGGCUGGAGCAGAAGCUGCAGGAGGAGCGGAGCGGGUGGGAGGAGACGGUGGGGCAGCUGAAGAGGCGGGUGGAGGGGAUGGAGAGGGGGAAGCGCAUGCAGGAGGUGGCGUUGCAGGAGGCGAAGGGGGCGUGGCAGCAGGAGGUGGAGGGGCAGAAGAAGGCCGUUGCUGCCGCCCUGGCGGACCUGGCUGCUGCUCAGGCAGAGGUGAGUCAAGCAGGGGGGGAGACUGAGAAGGACGGCUGGGAGGAGACGGUGGGGCAGCUGAAGAGGCGGGUGGAGGGGAUGGAGAGGGGGAAGAGGAUGCAGGAGGUGGCGUUGCAGGAGGCGAAGGGGGCGUGGCAGCAGGAGGUGGAGGGGCAGAAGAAGGCCGUUGCUGCUGCUCUGGCGGAUUUAGCUGCUGCACAGGCGGAGGUGGCGAAGGGGCGUGAUGAGCUGGCGGCGUACAAGGUGCGGGCGGCAGCGAUGCUGAAGAAGAAGCAGGAGGAGCUGGAGGCGGUGGGGAACGCGGAUGCCAUGGCGAGCAAGGAAGAGGCAAUCCAGGAGGCGAAGCGGGCAAAGGCAGCAGCAGUGGCGGAGAGGGACAGAGCGCUCAAGGCUUUGGAGGAUGCUGCUGUGGACCAUGAGACGCAGAUGGCAGCGCGGAAUGUUGCAUUGAUGGAAGCAGAGUCCAAGGAGCGAGAGCUGACGGGCAGGCUGGAGGCAGUGGGUAACGUGGCAUUGAUGGAAGCGGAAACGAAGAUACGGGAGCUGACGGGCAGGCUGGAGGCGGUGCGGCAGCAGAGCCGGGCAGCGCAGGAGGAGAUGCACGGGCGGAUGAUGGACCUGGAAGACGGGUGGCGCGCAGAGAAGCUGCGGCAGCAGGAUGAGAAGCUGAAAGGGCAGACGGACAGCCAGACAGCUACCUUGGAGUCUGAACUCAGAAGGAGAGUGGAAGCGGGGGAGAGGGAGCAUGCAGCGUACCGAGAGAUGGCGGACAAGACUAUAGAGGCCAAGGAUAAGGCGAUUGACGGGAAAGACAAGGAGAUUGCGCGGCUCUCUGCUGAAGCUGCACGCCUGCAGGAGGCUCUGAUUGCUGCUCAGGCUGGUUCUGCUGCUGCUGGUGGCGCUGGUGCUGGUGCUGCUGCUGCUGCUGCUGCUGCUAGUGUGGCUGGUGGUGGUGCCAACAGUGGUGCCGGUGGUGGUGUUGCUGGUGCUGGUGGUGGUGGGGAGGGUGAUGGGGUAAAGCUUGCGGGGCUGGGUGCUGCUGGGAUGGAUGGAGCGGCCAGUCCCAGGAAACCAGCUCUCAUCUCGGGUGAUGGGUUGAAGAUAGCGGGGCUGGGUGCUGCUGGGAUGGAUGGAGCGGCCAGUCCCAGGAAACCAGCUCUCAUCUCGCCCGGUUCUCGGAUGUCAGAUCCAGGGUUUGGCAAAUCACCCUCAUCCACUCUCCCCUAUCUCAUCUUCCUCCUAUCCUAUCCCAUCUCCACAUUGACUCCCUCCCCCCACAAUCCCCUCCCUCAUGCAGCCCGGUUCUCGGAUGUCAGAUCCAGGGGGAUGGGGUUGGCAGACAACCCAGCAGAGAAGGCUGCGAUCGCAGAGCAACACAUACUGGUACGUCGUGCCCUUGCCACUCCUGCCUCUCUUCCCUCUGCUGCCUCUUUUCCCUCUGCUGCCUCUCUUCCCUCUGCUGCCUCUCUUCCCUCUGCUGCGUCUCUUCCCUCUGCUGCGUCUCUUCCGUCUGCUGCCUCUCUUCCCUCUGCUGCGUCUCUUUUCCUUGCGCGGCAGCAAGCACAAAGGGAGGAGGAGGUAGCACAGUGCAGGCGGCACAUUCAGGCACUGCAGGAGGAGAUCACAGACUUGCAGAGGGAGAAUCAGCUGAGAGCCAAGCAGGUGGGUGGGUGUUCUGUUGCGUUCAAGUGGGUGCUCUGUUGCAUUCAGGAACCCAUCUUGACGAAAGAGCUGAGGGGCGUGGAGAGAGCGCAGGAGAGAGGAGGAGUUAAUGCAUCUAACCCCCUCUUUUCCCCUGCUCCCUCACUCCUUUUCUUCCCGCGAAUCCGUCUUGAAGGAGGAGCUGAGGAACAUGGAGAGGGCGCAGAAGAGAUGAUUCAAAAGCAACACCCCUCCUACUCCCAUUUUCUCUUCUCCCUUCCUCCUCCCUUUCCUCGACUACAGGAAUCUGUCUUGAAGGAGGAGCUGAGGAACAUGGAGAGAGCGCAGAAGAGAGAGACGGUGGACAUGACUUAUCUGAAGAACGUGAUUCUGCAGCUGCUUAUCAGAACAGACCAGAGGGCAACCCUCAUCCCUGUGAUCGGCAUGAUACUGCAGUUCAGCCCAGACGAGGUGAGCCUAGGCCAGCCGGCACUCCUUUAG